AUGGCACCACCCUCCUCCUCCUCCGGACCCCCAUCCCGCACCUCCACCCCCACCACCACCGCCCCCCCCCGCUUCACCGCACAGAACGCCACCGCCGAAGACCUCCUCAAAUCCCAAACCGUCGGCCUCGUCCACCUCUCCGACUUCCGCAAACGCCGCGCCGAAGCCCUCGAGCAGCGCGACCGCGAGACGCAACAUCCCGCCCUCGGCCGCGGCUCCCCCGCCUCCGGCGCUUCGACCCCCGACGGAGCUGCGACACCUCAGCCCGCGAAGAAGAAGCGGAGGAAUCCGAGGAAGGGGAAGUUGUCGUUUGCGGUAGAUGAGGAUGAAGAGGAUGAAUCAGCGACGUCUGAUGUAGUGAAAUCACGGUCCCAUACGCCAGGAGACGGGCGAAGCACCGUGGAGACGACCGGCGCGGACAGCGAUGGGACGCCGACGCUGAAGAAGCGGAUAGGGCCGAACACAACGGUGCUGGCACCGCGGGCGAUGACAAAAGGGGCACUGCUGCGGGAAGCGCAGACACGGGAGCAGCUACGGAAGGAGUUUCUGGUGAUGCAGGAAGCCGUGAAAGCGACGGAGGUAGCGAUCCCGUUUGUGUUCUACGACGGGACGAGCGUGCCGGGCGGAGUGUGCACGGUGAAGAAGGGGGAGCAUAUCUGGUUGUUUUUGGAUAAGGCGAGGAAGGUGGGGGCGGAGUUGGGGGUGGGGGGGGACAAAGGGAGGAGGGAGUGGGCGAGGGUCGGGGUGGAUGAUCUGAUGUUGGUUAGGAACGAGAUGAUCGUACCGCAUCAUUAUGAGUUCUACUACUUCAUCGUUAACAAGACUGCCGGCUUCCAUGGUCCCAUCUUCGAAUAUUCCGCUCAGCCAACCGCGGCAACCCCGACCACCACAGAUUCACCCACGGAAGACCUCACAAACUACGAUCCGAUGGUGCGGCCGGAGAAGAAGGCCAAGCCAUCUACCAACUUGGAGGGACUUGAAGGCAAAGACGAUGACCCGACAAUAACCAAGGUGGUGGAUCGGCGGUGGUAUGAGAGGAACAAGCACAUCUACCCGGCGAACAUAUGGGAGGAGUUUGAUCCGACGAAGGACUACAGCAAUAGCGUUCGAAAGGAUGCGGAGGGAAAUAGCUUUUUCUUCUCUUGAAGUGGUGGAUAUGAGAUACCCUAGCACGAAUGGAUCAUUUCUGAAGAACCGGGCACCGGGGCCUAUAGAGUUCGACAGCGAUGUCCGCACCCCUCUUCAAUUAGGAUAGUUAUUUAAAAUCCAACUACCUGGCAACUUUGCCUUAUCAAGCAGAUAACCAUGCCUGCCGUUAAUUUGUCGCUCUCUAUGCUGUUUUGCUUCCAUCAUGUCAAAUCCAAAUCCCCGUUGGCGCCCGACCCAAAUCACUCCUCGUCAUCAUCCUCCUCCACCACCCGUCUCCUCUUCACCCGCGCGUUGCUCGGCCCCGCAUCAUCAUCCGGCCUCUCCGUCCUCUUCGGCGUUCCCUCCCGCCUCGCUGGCCUCUUCUCUUCUUCUUCCUCCUCUUCCUCUUCUUCCUCCUCACUCUCCUCCAUCUCCUGCUCGUCGUCGCUCUUCGCGAUAAAGUCAUCCUCCUCAUCAUACUCGUCCUCCCUCGU